GGUUCCUCUUUUCCCAUUUAUUUAUUUAUUUAUUUAUUAUUAUUUCUUUGGUGUAUCUCUCGAUGUUGCAACUGUUUAUUCCUUUCUCUUUUUCUUUUUGUGAUCACUGUUUCAUUUUAUACGUGCUUAAUAAAAAUACAUAACCUUCACGUCGACGUCGAGUUCAUUGCAUUUUGUCAGACUCGUUUCGAACAAACGAGGAAGUCUUCGUUAUUUUGCGUGACAUUGAUUCCCGGGGUUCACUUCAAUUAUUUUUCGCUGUUCAAUUCAUUUUUAUUCACGUUUUGUGAAAUUAUGUAAUAUAUUUUUGCACUUGUUUUUUUUUCUUUUUUCUAAUGGAAAUACAAUUUACGAAAGUUUUAUUGAUGUACAAAUGUGAUCUUUUAAGUUGCGUACUUAUCUUUUCGUUUUGUAAUUUCGUGCUUUUGCAUGUUACGAUACGUAAUGUAUAAUUUUUUGUACUCGUACAUUCGACAUUUUAAUAAAUUUCAUUUUUACAUGGAAAGUUCGUUUUAUUUUCUACAAUACCACUGACACACAGCACUUUCUGUUUAUAUAAAAAACUUAUUUAUGAAAGAAUUAUUUUUUUAUUUGAGUGCAAUGUAUUUGUGACAUUGUUAUUAUUUUUAAUUCACACAAGUGUAUAUUAAAUAUUUAUACAACUAAAUAUUAUAAAACGACAUUUUUAUACAAAGUUAUAUCAUUUUCUUAUAUCAUAUAAUGAGCAUUUUGUGUUCAUGUUGUCUAUUGCUUGAUAAUUAUUCUAAUGAUUUGAUAUUAAUUAUUAAAAGAAAUGCUGUGCUAAGCCAUCAAACUUUCUAAUAUUUGUGGCCUAAGUGUUUGAAAGAAUUCAAUAAAGCAAGAAGAUGAAUAAUCAGGCAUUCAGUUUAGCUGAAAGACUUAUUCCUUCAACCUAUGUACAACAAGGUUUAAAUGCAAAAAAAGCACGUGAAAAUCUUAUACGACACUUUAUUGAACAUCAAAAAUGGCCAGAAGAGGGUUGGGAUGACGCAACAAUAGAAGCUUUUCUCUCAGAUCUAUCACAAAUGGACAGCAAUAAUUUUCCUUCCAAUUGUAGUGUUGGAGAACGUGAAGCAAGAAUUGCAUCAAACAUUGUUGCAAGGCGACAUUUUCGAAUGGGUCAUGGCAUAGGUAGAUCAAGUGAUUUAGACGAAGUACAACCAAAAGCUGCAGGAAGUAGUUUAAUGUAUAAAUUAACAAAUGCUUUAGUACUUGAAGUUAUUCGAUAUAUGGGUGUAAAAAGUAUAGCAGGUUGUUUUUUAUCACCAAUGGCUACAGGCAUGAGUUUGGUGUUAUGUAUGUUAACAUUCAAACAGGAUAGACCACGAGCAAAGUAUGUCCUAUGGCCUAGAAUCGAUCAAAAAUCAAGCUUUAAAUCAAUAAUCACAGCAGGAUUAGAACCAAUUGUUAUCGAAACCAAAAUAGUUGGAGAUGAAUUAAAGACAGAUAUGCCAAGACUUGAAACUCAAAUGGCAGCUUUAGGUGAAAGUGUUGCUUGUGUGCUUACGACAACUAGCUGCUUUGCACCCAGGGCAUGUGAUUCUAUUGAUUCAAUUGCAGCACUUUGUACUCAAUAUAAUAUUCCUCAUUUAGUAAAUAAUGCGUACGGUUUACAGAGCACAAGAUGUAUGCAUUUAAUUCAAGAAGCAUCGCGUAAAGGGCGUGUCGAUGCUUUCGUUCAAAGCACAGAUAAGAAUUUUUUAGUGCCAGUUGGUGGAGCAAUUAUUGGUUCAUUUGACAAAAAUCUGUUAGAUCGCAUAUCAAAGAUGUAUCCAGGUCGUGCAAGCGCUAGCUCCAUUAUGGACGUAAUGAUAACGUUACUAAGUUUGGGAAUGGCAGGUUACAAGCAAUUAAUAACGCAACGUAAAGAAAUGUAUUCAUAUUUGAAGGAAGAACUUGGAAAAUUAGCAGCAAGACACGAUGAAAGAUUGCUGGACACUAAAGGCAAUCCUAUAUCAAUGGGGAUGACUCUUCAAUGUUUAAGUCAUCAGCAUGAUAAUAAGCAAGUUACAAUGUUAGGUUUUAUGUUAUUUCUCCGCAAUGUUAGUGGUACAAGAGUAAUAACAACAACAGAAACUAAGCAUAUUGUUUCGUAUAAAUUUGAAGGUUGGGGAGCUCAUAAUAGUAAUUAUCCAGUACCAUAUUUAACUGCUGCUGCAGCUUUAGGUAUGAAAAAGUCAGACGUGGACAUGUUCAUACAACGAUUAGAUAAAGCUUUGACUAAAGUAAGAAGGCGUUCAGCUCCAGUUACACCAACAGCAUCUCUUGCUGGAUCCAGUAUUAAUGGAGAUGCAGGAGGUACUGGUGGUCCUGGAGAAUCAAGUACAGCUUCAACUAGCCGAGCAAGUAGUAAAGAUAGUUUGAGAAAAUGAACCGUAAUCAACGCAACUGGUCAGUCGAAUCAGUAUAUUAACUUGUAAGUAAAUUAUUACUUACAAUUAGUACAUGUUGCAUAUUUCUGAGGAACAUUUUACACUUUUUUUUUAAUUUUAUUUAAAUAAUUAAUUUUCUUGAAUAUAUUUAAAAUAUAUAAUUUAUAUUAAUUUACAAUUUCAUUUCUCUAAAUUAAGUUAAGCUACUUCUUAAAUAUUUAUUCAAGUAAUAAUAUUUUGUAAUAAAAUUAUAUUCUAAAGAGGUACGCAACAGUAAAAUGUGCUGAUUCACCUGUCCACUUGCGUUGUAAUAUUGUCAAUUGUCAUGAAAUAAAGGAAGAGAAUUCCAUACAAAUAUUAACAUCGGAAUAUCUAAGCCAAUAUUCAAGAAAAAAGAAAAUGUAAGUAUAUUCCACACAUUCAUUGAAAGAUAUUAACUAGUAAGCGCUGGCCACAAGAGUUAUAUUUGUUAUAAUAUAUAUACAGUUACUUUUUAAACAAUAAUUAAUUUUCUAUUCGUUGAAGCGCGAUUCUGUUUAAGUGUAUUUCCACGAAUUGGCAAAUUUGAUCUCAUUAAAAUUAAUAUAAUAUCUUUAUACUGAUUAUAUGUUUUAAAACAAUUGCUACUUCAUUUUAAGUCUAAAGUUAGUUAGCAUUCUUUUCUGUAAUUUUUUCGUGUUAGAACAUCAAAAUAAUAUAAAAAGUUUAUUUUCACUUAGAAAUAA